AUGGACUGCCAGGUCAAAGAAACUCUCACAUACACCAUCCAUAUUGUAAAUCAUCUUGUUGAUCUGCAUUUGAUCAUUGGUCAACUCUCAGCAGGUGAACAAACUCUACAACACAGGGUAGAACUGUUUGAUCAGCCAAAUAGAAGCUUUGAAGAUUACAAUGUGUCAAGGCGGGCCACAUUUUUGGGUGCUAAGUUAAACAACGGAAGGUUUUUAGAUUGGUUGCGGCUUCUAGCACCUGACUGUCCUGUACACAAGUUAAAAUCAUUCAGUGUGGAGAUGUUACUGUACUUAGCGAAGGAGACGGUUGCUCAGCUUGUAGACCUUGCACUGCUGCUACGGCGAGAUGCGUCUGUGUCUCCACUGGACCCUUACAGUCGAGCGCACCGCACUACACUCUCAUUCGAGACCUUCGGUACCUCUCAGCGACAGCUGGAAGGAUCCCCACCAAUCACUCCCGGUGAAGUGAGGGAAGUGUUGAGAAGAUAUUACUCUACCCAACUCCAUCCUUGGGGAACCUUCACGUGCAACCUAGACACUGCCGUCUUCAACAAGAUCCUGGCCUGUUGACACAUGAUUGUUAACCUUUAUUUUAUACCUUCUACCUUCAUGAACCAGUGUAAAUAUUGUAAACAAUUAUUUAAAGUAUUUUACUAUGA